GGAGGCUGGUUACCGAUCAAGUCAAAGUGUUUUCGGUUCGAGUAUGUAGCUGAGCGAGCAGGACUGAGUUUUGAAAGUGCUUUGCGUGUUUUCUCUGCCCAAAAGUUGCGCUUAGGGUAAUUCCAAAGAAAGUCUUCAAUAUGGAUUUCGAUCGUGUGCUCGAGAAGUGCGGAAAUUUCAAUCGCUUUCAAAUCGUGUUACUGCUUCUAUAUGGCUAUACAAACAUAAUAAGUUCCUUGCAUUACUUUUCACAAACCCUAAUUACCUUUACGCCAGAGCAUUGGUGCUCACACGAUAAACUCAGUAAUCUGAGUCUGGCCGAGGUGAGAGAUGUCUAUGCAAAUAUAUCCCAACCCUCCUGCACCCUUCUGGACGAUGUUAUCAAUGGCUCAGCAGUUGUGGCGGAUGUGGGGCGCUGCAACGAUUGGAUCUUUGAUCGUGAAAAUGGUUAUGAGAGCAUUACAACGGAGCUCAAAUGGGUGUGCGACAAGUCCUUUCAACCCGCUGUGGGCCAGUCCUUUUUCUUCAUGGGCUCUGUUCUGGGGACUAUAACUUUUGGCUUCCUAUCGGAUCACAUCGGACGCUUGCCUGCCAUGCUAAUGACAUCCUUAGCUGGAGCUUCCGGUGAUUUUAUGACCUCCUUUGUCCAUACGCUACCUUGGUUUGCCUUCUCGAGAUUUGUGUCGGGCCUGUCUACCGAUACCAUGUACUAUUUAAUGUACAUUUUGGUAUUUGAGUACCUCAGUCCCAAGCGUCGCACCUUCGGGCUUAACAUCAUACUUGCAACCUUCUAUGGCUUUGGUCUGAUCACUUCACCCUGGUGCGCUAUUUGGAUUGGUAAUUGGCGUCAGUACCUCUGGCUAGCCUCUCUCCCAACCCUGGGUAUUAUGCUCUAUCCUGUUUUCAUAUGCGAGAGUGCUCAGUGGCUGUUGACCAAACAAAAAUACGAUCGGGCCGUUAAGUGUUUGAAACGGGUGGCCAAAUUCAAUGGCCGCCAAGUGGAGGACUCUGUAUUCGAUGAGUUCGUCAAACAUUACCGCGAGAAGGCUAAUGAGGAGCAGAAACUGUGUCCCCAAGAGGACACAUUCAUGGGCAUGUUUAGAACGCCAAGACUGCGACGCUUCACGCUGACGCUCCUCAUUAAAUCCGUCAUCAUCACACUCUCGUACGAUGUCAUCAGUCGUAAUCUGGAGGGUCUGGGCACCUCACCCUUCAAGCUCUUCUCGAUGACUUCUGUGGUUUAUUUGCCGGCAGGCUGCACAAUUCUCCUACUUCAGAAUAUAAUCGGACGCAAGGGCAUGGCCUGCGCCUCACUCUUGACCGGUGGAAUCAUCACCGCAGUGACGGGCUUCCUCAUUGCCAUUCUCGAUCCCAAGGAGAAUGCCGUGCUGCUGGCCAUUAUGGUGGCACUAGGCCGUUAUGGUGUGACGGUUUCCUACGAUGCCGAAAUUCAAUAUGCCGCCGAAAUAAUACCGACCAGCGUACGUGGACGUGCCGUGUCGAAUGUGCAUGUCGUGGGCUUGGCCUCCAGCUCACUAGCCUUCUAUGUCAUCUACUUGGCCAAGUUCUAUAAGCCGUUGCCAUCAUUAUUCAUCAGCUGCUUGCUGAUCAUAGGUGCUUUGUUGUGUCUAACGCUGCCGGAAACUUUACACAAGAAGCUGCCGGAAACUCUAGCCGAUGGCGAACGAUUUGCUUUCAAUGAGCGUUGGUCCUAUUUUCCGUGUUUAGGGAAACGUCGCGAGAGCUUGACAAAGAAUGCGAAUUUUAUUGAUAAGUCUGAAACCCAGAGGGUCUGUUGACCAGAACCACCACAACCUGAAACUAAAACUAAAACUGAAACAAAUGAACCUGAUAUGAAAACUGAUGAUGAGCUUAACUUCAAGUUAGUUCUUGUAACUCAAUGGUCUGAUACAAAUUACUCAUGUAGAGAAUGCAUAGUAAUUAAAGCGUUACCGUUAUACAUAUAUACAUAUAUUAAUCCUAUAUACUGAUCAUGCUAAACUUUGUAUUCCACUCUUAAUUUAAAUCUAAAUAAAUAUGAAUAAAAGUCUAAAGAAAUUCAA